AUGGCAACAGCAUCCAAAGUCCAACUGUCGCUCGGCGAAUGGCCUGAGUUCUACAUCAAGGACAUCAAACAGGAAUCUGCGACAAGAGCUUCAGAUCUGCUCCAAGAGAAUCAUGAGAAGCAUCACAUCUUCUUCAACAACAGUGGCUUCCACAAUCACAUUGCUCAUCAUCUGCUAACCCUCUACUCAUUGGCCGCAACUCCCUCGCAGAUUCAAAAGCACUAUGACGACAAUGUGAGCUAUCAACGACCGCCUCAACCCGUCGAGUCGAACAUUAUCCAAGGCAUGGAAGAUCCUUCACAAUUCAAGAAGUAUUUGGGCAAAGAGCGCUACUAUAACGAUUAUCUGCGUUUCUUCCAAGCCGAGAUGGACAAAAAGGGUUGGCAGCAGGUCUUGAACGAGUACGUCUUUGCUGGAGAUGACCGAGCGGACGAUAUGCUGGUCCGAAUGUUUGCCGGUUUCCUGCACCCCAUUAUCCACCUGGGCUUCGGCGUCGAGUUCCAUCAACCCGCCAUCAUUGCGGAAGGCCUUGCUCAAGCCGCUGUGCACGACUCUUGGAUAAAGCCUCUGUUCGACGGCGCCGAGAAAGCAUGCAAAGACGUCUCUGAACCUUCCAAAAGCAUCGUUGAAUUGCUGGAUCAAACCCACGCCGAGAAGCGUCUAGCCAAAGCCGCCGAUGUAGACGGCAAUCGCAUCCGCGAUGGAAUAAUGAAAACCGAAACACAAACAAUGGUCGACAUCAUCGCUCAAUAUCGCAUCAGCAGCCCUGCAGAGCUCGAAGAACGCACUGCAGAAAUGACAAACGCAGCCGCUUACUUCAGCGGUGCCGCUCAGCGUCGUGACAAAGCCAUCAAGUUUGACUUCUUCUACAUGCAUUGCAUCAACUCUUCCAUCUUCUUCUCUGCCUUUCUCAAGCAAGAUUGGCUGAGUGAUGCCAACAAAGUCCGUCUGUUGGAAUGGAAAGUCCGCAAUGACAUUGCUUUGUAUGCAUCGAGAGGCUGUCCAGAUCUCCUGCUUGAUGAGAUCGCAAACUACGAGCCGAACAAACCAACAUCUACGUCCAGCGAACCUUGGCAUGAAAUCAUCGAGCGAGUCAAGAACUUUGAGGAUGAUGGACAUGGUUCAAAGCUGGUCAGGGCAUUGGCGCACGGACAACAGAUCUGCAAACCAUACGAGGACAAGGAGAACUUCAGGAUCAAGGGAGAUAUGUGGUUGCAGCUUGGUCAUAUGGCGAUCGACUCUGUUGAAGGUUCUGAACCUACUUGGGUUCGCUCGGCUGGCUUUGACAGUGCUUGGGAGAAGAUUGCGGACAGACCUCGUGCACAGCUUUGA